AAUAACGCGAUUUUGAACUUUAUAGCUGUGUAUAUAAGAAUCACGAACGGCAAAAGAAUUACACAUGUUUUUAGAUGUGAUUGUGUAUAAAAUUUUAGAGGCUCGUAAAAUAUUCCGGUGCAUAUUUUGCGCGUUAACUUUUAAAUAUUGAACAACCAUUUGGUGACAGCUAAAUAUAUAUUAUUUUUGAUGUUGUUUUUAAAUCAAUAACAUGGAUCUGUUGCCUCUCUCAGUUCUGAUAGUCACGAUUAUUCACCAAACAAGCGCUGUUCGCCUCAACACUCUCUUCCAACACCUCGAUGGCUAUAAAGGAGAUUACUACCUGAAAGGUUGGCUCCACGUCGGCACCAACUAUGCUAUCCUACUCAGAAAACCUGAAGCCCACGCUAAAUAUUUAACCUACGAGUUGUACGAAUCGAAAAACAUUGACGAUCUUGACACCAGAGGACCCCAGCUACUAGCUAUAUCUAAGGUUCCUGUGGAUUACAUAAAGCAGCAACUAAAAACGUUUGGCACAGAGUUACAUAGUGCGAAAUAUCUUGAACCAAACGCCGUCCCUGGAACCCAGGUGCGGACAUUGAGAGAGUGGCAGAUAUCCAGGGCGCUCAGCAAGCAAGGUGAAAAUAAAAUACUAAAGACCAAACCGAAAGUUUUGCGAACGCGGAUUGAUAAUGACAAUGAUAACGAUGAUGAUAAUGAAUAAUGCAUUGUUCUUUUGUUAUU